GGCCCCGAGGAGGCGGGACUUCCGCAGAAAGCUAGAUUGGGCCUAUCCGGGUGGGCAGCCGCGCGGAGGCGCACGGAGGGCUGGAACUGGCGAGGGAGGGGUCCGCGGACCUCCGGCGGCGGGGCUGGAAAUGGGGCGGAGGGCCUCGAGGUAGCGGGAGCGGUCUCGGGCGGAGCGAGCCGGCCUGCAGGUCCCGGGAAAGAACUGCAGAGCCUUGUUCGGGGCUCGCCGGGGCGCGGAGAGGGUUCCCACGUCAGGGCUAGGAGGAGCCCGCGAGUUACCUAGGGGUUCUGUGGGGCUGCCCGGUGACUGUCGAAGAUGCCGUACCUUGGCUCCGAGGACGUGGUGAAGGAGCUCAAGAAGGCUCUGUGUAACCCUCACGUCCAGGCGGAUAGGCUGCGCUACCGGAAUGUCAUCCAGCGAGUGAUUAGGCACAUGACUCAGGGCUUGGACAUGUCUGGUGUCUUCAUGGAAAUGGUGAAGGCCAGUGCCACCGUAGAUAUUGUUCAGAAGAAGCUGGUUUAUCUUUACAUGUGUACAUAUGCUCCCCUGAAACCAGAUCUGGCUCUCUUGGCCAUUAAUACACUGUGCAAAGACUGUUCGGACCCCAAUCCAAUGGUGCGAGGGCUGGCACUACGAAGCAUGUGUAGUCUCAGGAUGCCUGGUGUGCAGGAAUAUAUCCAACAGCCCAUUCUCAAUGGUCUGCGAGAUAAAGCUUCAUAUGUCAGGAGGGUGGCAGUUCUUGGUUGUGCCAAGAUGCAUAAUCUUCAUGGAGACUCUGAAGUGGAUGGUGCUCUGGUAAAUGAAUUAUACAGUUUGCUGCGUGACCAGGAUCCAAUUGUGGUUGUGAACUGCCUGAGGUCUCUAGAGGAAAUUCUGAAACAGGAAGGAGGCGUUGUUAUCAACAAGCCCAUCGCCCACCAUCUCUUAAAUCGAAUGCCAAAACUGGACCAGUGGGGCCAGGCGGAAGUAUUGAACUUUCUGCUACGCUAUCAACCCCGCAGUGAGGAAGAGCUGUUUGACAUUCUCAAUCUGCUAGAUAGCUUUCUCAAGAGCAGUAGCCCCAGUGUGGUGAUGGGAGCCACGAAACUCUUUCUCAUCUUGGCAAAAAAAUUCCCCCAUGUACAGACGGAUGUGCUUGUGCAAGUCAAGGGCCCUCUGCUGGCUGCCUGUUCUUCGGAGAGCCGCGAGCUCUGUUUUGCUGCCCUGUGUCAUGUGCGUCAGAUCUUGCACAGUUUGCCCGGGCAUUUUAGCAGCCACUACAAAAAGUUUUUUUGCUCCUACUCGGAGCCCCACUACAUCAAGCUGCAGAAGGUGGAGGUGCUGUGCGAGCUGGUGAACGAUGAGAACGUACAGCAGGUGCUAGAGGAGCUCCGAGGGUACUGUACUGACGUGUCAGCCGACUUUGCCCAGGCCGCCAUCUUUGCCAUAGGUGGGAUUGCCAGGACCUACACAGACCAGUGUGUGCAGAUUCUAACAGAGUUGCUGGGGCUUCAGCAAGAGCACAUAACCACAGUGGUGGUGCAAACUUUCCGAGACCUGGUUUGGUUGUGUCCUCAGUGUACGGAAGCUGUGUGUCAGGCCCUGCCCGGCUGCGAGGAGAACAUUCAAGACAGUGAGGGGAAACAGGCGCUGAUUUGGCUCCUUGGUGUCCAUGGGGAGAGAAUCCCCAAUGCUCCAUAUGUAUUGGAAGACUUUGUGGAGAACGUGAAGUCAGAGACUUUUCCAGCUGUGAAGAUGGAGCUACUCACUGCACUGCUGCGCCUUUUCCUCUCCCGGCCUGCCGAGUGCCAGGACAUGCUGGGGCGUCUGUUACAUUACUGCAUAGAGGAAGAAAAGGAUAUGGCAGUACGAGACCGGGGCCUCUUCUAUUAUCGCCUUCUCUUAGCUGGCAUUGAUGGAGUGAAGCAGAUCCUGUGUAGUCCUAAAUCUGACCCUUCUCUUGGACUUUUGGAGGAUCAGGCAGAAAGACCUGUGAAUAGCUGGGCCUCAGACUUCAACACGCUGGUGCCAGUCUAUGGCAAAGCCCGCUGGGCAACCAUCUCUAAAUACCAGGGGCCAGAACGUCGGGGCCCUGAGCUUCCUAACGCUGCAUCCUUUGCCACUUCAGGUCCCCUGAUUCCUGAAGAGAGCAAGGAAACGGUUCAGGAACUUCCUGAUUCUGGAGCCCUAAUGCUAGUCCCCAAUAGCCAGCUGACUGCUGAGUAUUUUGAGAAAACUUGGUUUAGCCUGAAAGUUGCUCAUCAGCAGGUGUUCCCUUGGCGGGGAGCCGUCCAUCCCGACACCCUCCAGAUGGCCCUACAAGUAGUGAACAUCCAGACCAUCGCAAUGAGCAGGGCUGGGGCUCAGCCGUGGAAAGCCUACCUCAGUGCCCAGGAUGACACUGGCUGCCUCUUCCUAACAGAACUGCUCUUGGAGCCUGAGAACUCUGAAAUGCAGAUCUCUGUGAAACAAAACGAGCCAAGGACUGAGACACUUAAUAGUUUUAUUUCUGUAUUAGAAACUGUGCUUGGAACAAUUGGAGACAUAAAAUCCUAACAGAUUCUUGCUGCUUGUCCUAGGUGAGAUGAGUAGCUAUCAGAAUUCCUAGUUUUUUAUUAGAAUUUGCUUUUAAAUCCAGACACUAUCAAAUACAAAGGAGAAUGGACAAUCUCAGAAUCAGGAUUUUUAUGUUUUUGUCCAAAGACUAUUGACUUAUUCUUCUCAUACCUAUAGGUGAAUGACCCCAUUUUCUAGGUGAUGUUGAAAGGUUAAUGUUGGUAAGGGGUUGGGGAGGGACUGAGGAUAGGAUUUGGAUUCUUUUCUAAUCCAUUAUACGAUUGUUUUACUAAAGAUGCCUGAUGUUUAUGGAAACUGAUAAAGUCAUCAUUUGUGGGGAUCAUCUUUUCUUCCCUGUAUUACUGCAAUAAAUUCCUCACUGGUC